AUGCAUGUUUCAACAAUUGGCCUCAUGGCCAUCACGGCUGGAGUCGCAACUGCGAAGACUUGUCUUGACAUGAUUGUCCAAGUCCCGGUUACAGCCCACAAUGGUGUAUUUGACAAGAUCAGUACUCCCCAGACCAACCUCGACGCAACUGCUUUCGCCCUGCACGCAAGUACGCAGGGUGCCAAUGUGACAGCAGAUGCUUUGUCUGGCUAUGCUACUGUCUCUGGCAUCUACGAUAUCUCGGCUCAGUACUGCAUGCCCGACAACAGUGGAGACAGCGCCCAUGUACUUCAAAUUCUGACCCAUGGAAUGGGCUUCGACAAGAGCUAUUGGGACCUGCCCUAUGAGAACCACAACUACAGCUACGUCGACCAUGCUUUGUCGCGGGGCUACCAUACUCUAGCCUAUGAUCGACUUGGCCUCGGCAAAUCCUCCCACGGAGAUGCAAAAUCCGAGAUCCAGUCGUUCUUGGAGCUCGAAGCUCUGGCUCAGCUUACAAGGAUGGUGCGCGAGGGCUCAAUGUCUGAUUCAUGCAUCAAGCAGCCCUCCAAGAUCGUCCAUGUUGGCCAUUCCUUCGGAUCUGCCCAGACAUACGGCUUGACAGCCAAGUACCCCGAUCUGUCUGAUGGGAUCAUCCUGACUGGAUUCUCGAUGAACGCCUCGUUCAUGGGCAUGUUCAUUUCCGGUGCCAACUUCGUACAAGCACGUUUCAACAAGCACCAGGAGUCAGACUACAGUGCUGGAUACUUCACCAGCGGCGACAUCACCAACAACAUGUACCUCUACUUUGCGCCUGGCCACUUCGACAUGGAUAUUCUCACCUAUGCCGAAGCGACCAAGCAGCCAUCCACCAUCGGUGAACUCCUCACUGUUGCCAGCAUGGCUCCAGAGAACAACUUUGGCGGCCCGGUGUAUAUCAUCAACGGCGACAAGGACAUUCCCUUUUGUGGAGGUGACUGCUUUGCCACUGGAGGUGCCGCAGCAUCCAUUGCCGCGGCUGCCGAGCCGGUCUUCCCUUCAGCCAGUUGUUUCUCUGCCUACAUCCAACCAAACACUGGCCAUGGUAUCAACUUGCAUCAUAAUGCCACUGGGGCCUACCAGCAGAUUCAUAACUUCCUGGAGGCACAUGGAUUGUAA